CUUUUCUUUUUCCUGUCCAACCUCCCUUCCCUUCUCCCAGCUUCAUUUCAGAAAAUACAGAUGGCUGGACAUAUAACUGUCAACGUACAUCAUUCAUACGAACCUCAACGAGAGGAUGAAUUAAAGCUUGACAAGGGCGACAUUGUUACUGUCACCGACAGCUCUGACCCAGAUUGGUGGAUGGGCAAAAAAGAUGACGGCUCUAGUGGUUAUUUCCCCAGCAAUUUUGUCGAACCUGUAGCCUCGUCCCCCGAGGAAAGCAAAGGAGAUGCUAACAAUGAGACUGACAAGACGCAGGAAGACACAGCUUCCGAGCCUGCUGGUGAAGCUGAAGCCGAAGCUGCUCCAGUUAAACCUAUUGGUAUGGCUCGUGUAAUGGAAGAUUAUGCAAUGCAAGGACCGGAUGAACUGACGCUUCAUCGCGGAGGCAUUGCUACACUUCAUGAGCGCUAUGAAGAUGGAUGGUUCAAAGGCGAAAUUAAUGGCAAAGUGGGACGGUUCCCAGGCGAGUGUGUUGAAGAAAUUGAUAUGCCCGGUAGACCUGAUCUUGGCGCUCAGUCAGCUGAUAUUCCAAAAGUCGCAGAAAGCAGUGAGGAUGGCAGUGCUCCCGCUGAACCCAGCAAGCCCGCUUUCAAACUGGCCGCAUAUGGAAUUAAACAGGGUGGCAUAGGAAGUGUCUUAGCGGGUGGAUUUCCAGCUCUGAAAAAAACAGGUGGUGCUCCCAAGAAGCCUGCUGAGCCGGAAACCAAAGCUGCAUCGCCCGAGAAGCCAGCAGAACCUGCCACUCCUGCAGAGAAAGAGGAGCAGCAACCUGCCAUGGACGAGCCCGCUGCCACGCAAGCAGAGCCCGAAAAGCCUCUCCCAAUCGACAAGUUCGAUCAAGAAGAACAGCCUACCGAGAAAUUUGCUGCCAAGGCCAUCGUUUUACACCCUUAUGACGCCGAAAACGAGGACGAGCUGAACUUGUUGCGGGGUGAAUAUGUAAACGUGAUCGACAAGAAUAUAGAUGAUGGCUGGUGGAAGGGUACAACUGAACGUGGUCAAACGGGUGUGUUCCCGAGCAAUUUUGUCAAGGAGAUUGAAGAAGAAUCCAUCGCUUCACCACCACCCGUACGCUCACGCAAAUCGCUGGCCUCGACUGGGUCGCAACAAUCAUUCAGCACAGCUUCCAGCUCGAGAGUAUCGACUGGUAUCAGUGCGCGCGCCCCACCGCUCCCUGGUAACCGCCCAAUUUCCUCAGGCAGUCGACCUGGCUCACUACAUGAACAGCAGUCAACAUCCACUGCAGAAGUAUCGUCACCAUCGCAGCCUUCUAUUCCUGAAGAAACGACUCCUCCACCGGCUGCUGCUGAAUCCCCUUCGCCACAUGCACCACCAGCAGCAGAGCCCGAACCUGUGUCCGAAAAAGAGGCUAAGGAAGAGCCUGUUGCAAAGGAUGAGGAACCGGUAAAGGUGGAGCAAGAAGAAGAAAAGAAAGAGGCAACUCCUCCAGUGACAUCGUCACCAGUAUCAUCCCCUCCGGUGCCCUCAAGACCACCCAUGCCCGCCAGUCGCGCUUCAAGUGAGGCGUCUGAAAAGCCUCCUCAACCUUCUAGUCGACCUAUCAGCGACGCGUCUAAACCUUCUCUUCCCUCAAGCCGACCAUCCAGCGAGGCCUCUGAGAAGCCACCCAAGCCAGCCAGCAGACCUUCAAGCGAGGCGUCUGAAAAGCCACCAAAGCCAGCCAGUAGACCUUCAAGCGAGGCUUCCGAAAAGCCCCCCAGACCAGCAAGCAGACCCACAAGCCAAGUUGAGUCCGAAACACCUGAAUCACCGGCUGCUGUCGCUGCUGAAGUGCCCGCUUCUCCGGAGGAAGAUGUCAAGAAGGAUGAAACCUCCCCGCCAGCACCUGCUGAGGAAGAGGAGCAGACCAAAGAAGAGCCAGAAAAGAAGGAGGAGCAGGAGGAAGUACCUGCUGCUAGUACUGAGACUGAGGAAAUCAAGAGCCCUGAAGAGGAAGAGAAGAAAGGUCUGGAUAUGCAGCCGACGGGCCCUAGAUUAUCUGGUCCAGCACGCGCACGUCCAGCGAGAGCACGACGCUCACCUGCCACACCUGAAGCACGUAAAGAAGAGCCGAGCCAAAUGGAUAUGCUAAAAGAAGACCUAGCCAAAGAGCGAGAAGAACCAUCAAAAGAAACUGAGAAGGAAGCAGAGGAAGAGGCACCCGCAGCAGCAGCGCGAUCGCCUGCCAAACCCGUGAAACCGAUUUUUGCUAAAUUCCCUACGCCAUUUGGCGGAGCUGCACCUGAGCUCAAGAACCUGAAGCCUGUGCAAAGACGCAUGUGGGAGCCUGCAGCUGCGCAUGAGACAACAUCACCAGAGAAGAAAGAAGAUGAGGAGCCGGCACCACGUCCCACUGGCGUUCGUAACAUUGCUUCGCGAUUCAACGUUCCAUCGAGCGGUAACGACGUAUUGGAGACCAAGCUCAAGAACUUUACAAAGAACGAAGUGGAUAAGCUUCGUAAGGAGUUGCAGGAGGAGCGUGAGAAGCGAGUGCAGUUAGAGCAGCUGGUAGCAUCUUUAGCAGAGCAAGUGGAGAAGUUACAACAGCAGUAACAUUGAUAAAUCAUAAUAAAGCCCGCCACACACGCAAAAUAAAAAAAACAAUAACAUUCUCGACGCCCAACAAGCGGAUCAUGUG